AACCCCUGUCUGGCUUUCUCACACAGGCCGUCUGGGAGCAAAGGAGGGCAUGUCUGGGCUCCUGAAGGAUCAACCGCUUUUAAAUGUCUAAUCUCAGCCAGAUUCUGCGCUGCCCUCCUGAGCAACAUAUCCGACUGCGAUGAAACCUUCAAUUACUGGGAACCUAUGCAUUACCUCGUUUAUGGUCAAGGCUUCCAGACAUGGGAGUAUUCUCCGAGGUAUGCCAUCCGUUCGUAUGCCUACCUAUGGCUCCAUGCCCUACCAGCCUUGUUCCAUGCCAGGGUCCUGCAAACAAACAAGGUUCUCAUCUUCUAUUUCCUCCGCUGUCUUUUGGCCUUCCUGAGCUGUGUUUGUGAGCUUUACUUUUAUAAGGCCGUGUGCAAGAAAUUUGGACUGCACGUGAGCCGUCUCAUGUUGGCUUUCUUGGUCCUCAGUACCGGCAUGUUUUGCUCAGCAGCUGCCUUCCUCCCCAGCAGUUUCUGCAUGUACAGCACCGUGGUAGCCAUGACCGGGUGGUACAUGGACAAAAUCUCUCUGGCCGUCCUGGGCGUGGCUGCUGGAGCCAUCGUGGGCUGGCCUUUCAGUGCGGUCCUUGGGCUUCCGAUUGCCUUUGACUUCCUGAUCCUGAGAAGAAAAUGGAAGAGCUUCUUGCGGUGGUGUCUGGUGGCGCUCGUGGUCUUUCUGGUUCCCCUGGUGGCCGUGGACAGUUAUCACUACGGGAAACUGGUGGUUGCGCCUCUCAACAUCGUCCUGUAUAAUGUCUUUACAUCACACGGGCCAGACCUUUAUGGGACGGAACCCUGGUCUUUCUACUUCGUCAACGGCUUUCUGAACUUCAACGUGGCUUUCGUGCUGGCCCUCCUGGCCUUACCUUUGACGUCCCUCAUGGAAAGCCUGCUGCAGAAAUUUCACGUUCAGAAUCUGGGCCGUCCUUACUGGCUGACGCUUUCCCCCAUGUAUAUCUGGAUCCUGAUUUUCUUCAGCCAGCCCCACAAAGAGGAGAGGUUUCUGUAUCCCGUCUACCCCCUCAUUUGUCUCUGUGGGGCCGUGGGACUCUCCGCCUUGCAGAAAUGCUACCAUUUCGUAUUCCAGCGUUACCGCCUGGAGCACUACACGGUCUCGUCUAACUGGCUCGCCCUGGGCACCGUCUUUGCUUUCGGACUUCUGUCCUUAUCGCGUUCCGUGGCUUUAUUCAGAGGCUACCAUGGGCCUCUGGACCUGUACCCCGAAUUUCACAGAAUCGCCACCGAUCCCAUGAUCCACACAGUGCCCGAGGGGAGGCCGGUUCACGUCUGUGUCGGGAAGGAAUGGUAUCGUUUUCCUAGCAGCUUCCUCCUGCCUGACAAUUGGCAGCUUCAGUUCAUUCCUUCCGAAUUCAGGGGCCAGUUGCCAAAACCUUAUGCCAGGGGACCAGCGGCCACACGCCUCGUUCCGACAGACAUGAAUGACCAAAACCGGGAAGAGCCGUCCAGAUACUUUGACAUUUCCAAGUGCCACUACCUGGUGGAUUUAGACACCCCGACCAAAACGCCCAGGGAGCCCAGGUACGCUGCCAGCAAAGACGAGUGGAUCAUGAUCACUUACAAGCCUUUCCUGGACAAAUCACGGUCUUCCAAGCUGUUCCGAGCCUUCUACAUCCCCUUCCUGUCCGACCAGCACACGACCUACACCAACUACACCAUCCUCAAGCCGCGGCGGCCAAAGCAAGCCAGGAAAAAAACGGGUAGCUAGAGAGUCUCCCGGAAGGGACCCAAAGCUCAACAGCCCGGCGGCGUUCUCGUCUUCUCCGGGUUCCUUUAACCCACCCCCCAUUUUUUUGUCACUCCAUCCCCGGGUUGGGGUGGAGCGGAUGGAUUUGAACAAAACGAUUACUCAUGAAGGUUUCCACUUCGGGCUGACUGUCGUGCACAAGAUGGAGGAGGCCUGAUCUGCCCGUUUGGAGGUCUGCCCUUCGGCUCUCAGAAAGUCUUCUGGGAAAAGGGUGCGAGGAGAGGCAUCAUCUCUUGCUGCGUCAAAGGGGAGGAGAGGCUCGGCUUUGUGAAACACGAUCCAGUUGCUUGCUAGAGUUUGGCUACAGGACAGCGCAGAGCUUGGGGUUCAAGACACCCCCCCCUCCAUUGCAGAACAUCCUGCCUGCCCAG